UUUUACCCGAGCCGCGAGCGAAAGGAAGCAGCUAACAUACUUGGCACCUGAUCCUCCGACAAAGGAAUCAUUAGCGCAAUUAGUUGUACAGUUUGUGCAGUACCAGGAGACCAAACUCACUACUAGGUUGCCGAUGCGAUGUUUUAUGGAUUUUAAACCGGGUGGAUCGCUUUGUCAUAUUCUGGCCACGAUGUACAGUUACAAGGCUGAACAGCGCUGGCGGAAAUUCGAUUUUACGGUAAACAAGGACCCCAUUAUACAGAUGCUGCUUAACAUGAAGACGGCUCUAAUCGAAGCUGAAUACAUGCGGCUACCGAUCGUUUACGUUAGGCCCGAAGUGGACAAGGCUACUGCUAAUCGAAUAUCGAACAUUGUAACCAAUCAUCAGGGUGAGAUGACGAUGGACGAGGAGGAGGCGACGCAUAUCAUCUAUCCGGUGGUUGAUCCCCUGCUGGAGGAUUAUGCAAGGCCUACAUUCCGCCGGGAUAAGCAUGUGAUGAUUCAUUGGUAUUACUUCCCGGAUUCGUACGAUACCUGGGUACCGAAUACGUUUGAUUUGCCGGAGGCCGUGCCGGAUUCUCCGAUGUCACCGGGUGACCGUUGGUCUGUUUCGCUUUUGUGGGUAACCGAUCUGGAAGAGUACAAUGAAUGGAUGGCAAAAGAGGAUUACGAAGUGGAUGAAGCCGGUCGUAAAGAGGUCCACAAACUGCGACUCGGUGUUACGGAUCUGAUGGCCGGUGGAUCGGACGAUAAAGUGAAGAAAGCUAAUGAUGAAAGUUGUUCAUCAGAAGUGCAAACGAUCGCCUUCUCCGCAAGCAAAGGGUGGUAA